CCACUCGUGUUCUCAGUCUCAACUAGUAAGGUACUAGACUCUACUGCGUGGAACCUCCGGCGCCUCCUACCUCUUUGCACUGCCCAGCUCUUCCGCGCCCAAAUCCUCCCAUUCCACCUUACCCCCUUCCCACGGCCAUUGGAUUCUGCCUGGCCACUCCGAAUCAUUACUUUGGUGAUUCCGUUCUUGCGAUCCUUCUCUUCUUCUUCUCAUAGCAUCCCCCCUCCCCGUCGAGUCCCGGCGUGAUCCCCUUUGCGACUGAUCACCUCACCUUCUACCCCACCUAGGUCGUUUACCCAAGAUGAACGUCCUCAAGCUCCAGAAGCGAUUCCCGCAGCUGGACCAGGGUGAGAUUUUCUCCCUCCAGGAUGCAUUCCGCAGGCUGGACGUCGACGAUCGCGGUUACCUUGACGAAGCCUCAGCAAUCAAGGCUACUCAGCAAUCCGAGCGCCAGCCAUACGAUGUGGUGCGCCAGGCUCUGAAGGGCGUGGAGCUUGAUAGCUCCCGUCGUGUCGAGCUCGAGGACUAUAUUGAUCUUGUUGCGCGACUCCGCUCAGGACCGGCCCCCGGUGCCGCUGCAGCGAGCCCCGCGGCUGUGAUUCAAGGAGCUGGAGCCGGCGCAGGCGCGGGCCCGGGUGGAGCCCGCCAUGUCUCCAAGGGCAGCGUUGGUGGUGGUCGCAUUCACGUACAGGGCUCCUCCGCAAACGUUACCCACACCAUUAACGAGGAUGAGCGAACCGAAUUUACGAGACACAUCAAUGCGGUCCUGGCCGGCGACCCCGAUAUUGGCGACAUGUUGCCCUUCCCCACCGAUACCUUCGAGAUGUUCGACAAAUGCAAGGACGGUUUGGUCCUGGCUAAGCUGAUCAACGACAGCGUACCGGAUACCAUCGAUGAGCGUGUGUUAAACAAGGCUGGCAAGAAGAUCAAGCAAUUGAACGCCUUCCACAUGACGGAGAACAACAACAUUGUGAUCAACUCCGCCAAGGGCAUUGGCUGCUCCGUGGUCAACAUUGGUAGCGGAGACAUUAUUGAGGUCCGCGAGCACUUGAUUUUGGGUCUGAUCUGGCAGGUCAUUCGCCGUGGUCUGCUGGGCAAGAUUGAUAUUAAGCUCCACCCCGAGCUGUACCGUUUGUUGGAGGAGGAUGAGACUCUCGAGCAGUUCCUGCGUCUUCCCCCAGAGCAGAUCCUUCUCCGUUGGUUCAACUAUCACCUUAAGAACGCAAAGUGGGAGCGACGGGUGACGAACUUCUCCACGGAUGUGAAGGAUGGUGAGAAUUAUACGGUUCUUCUGAACCAGCUGGCCCCCGACGUCUGCUCCCGCAGCCCUCUCCAGACUCGGGACCUGCUCCAGCGUGCUGAGGAGGUCCUCACCAAUGCGGACAAGUUGGAUUGCCGGAAGUUCUUGACCCCGACCUCCCUAGUCGCCGGAAACCCGAAGCUGAACCUUGCUUUCGUUGCCAACCUGUUCAACACCCACCCUGGAUUGGAUCCCAUUACCGAGGAGGAGAAGCUUGAGGUGGAAGAUUUCGAUGCCGAGGGUGAGCGCGAGGCUCGUGUCUUUACCCUCUGGCUGAACUCUUUGGAUGUGCAGCCCGCCGUAAACUCGCUCUUCGAUGAUUUGCGUGAUGGUACUAUUCUGCUCCAGGCGUAUGACAAGGUGAUUCCGGGCAGCGUUAACUGGAGGCAUGUUAACAAGCGCCCUGCGUCCGGAGGUGAGUUGAUGCGCUUCAAGGCAGUGGAAAACACCAACUACUCCAUUGAGCUUGGAAAGCACCACGGUUUCUCUUUGGUCGGUGUACAGGGUGCCGAUAUCACUGACGGCCAACGCACACUUACUUUGGGCCUGGUUUGGCAGUUGAUGCGUCGUGAUAUCACUCGUACCCUAUCUGCGCUGGCCCAGCGCCUGGGCAAGCGUGAGAUUACCGACGCAGAGAUGAUUCGCUGGGCGAACGACAUGUCGAAGAGCGGUGGCCAGACGAGUGCUAUCCGCAGCUUCAAGGACCCGUCCAUUGGCACAGGUCGCUUCCUGUUGGAUGUGCUGAACGGCAUGAAGAGCAGCUACGUGGACUACGACUUGGUCACCCCCGGCCGAUCCGAUGAGGAGGCUUAUGCCAAUGCUAAGCUGAGCAUCAGUAUUGCCAGAAAGAUGGGUGCCACUAUUUGGCUGGUGCCGGAGGAUAUUUGCCAAGUGCGCUCUCGCCUGGUGACUACUUUCAUCGGUUCCCUCAUGGCGACGCACGAGAAAAUGUAAGCGACACUCGUGUUCGAAACCAUUUACAUAUCCUUUGUGGUCCCACUAUGUAUAUGGGGCUAGCUAUGCCAGAGCAGUCCUUUGGCAGUGGCUUAUGAAUAUUUCUUUUUUUUCUAUUUCCUCCUCCUCCUCUUGAGCUUGAAAUCUUUACGAUGCAUGUACAUCUUGUGUUUUAAACAUGACGAAUGAAAGGAGUGGUACGAAUUCAAAAAUGCGAAAACCGAUUUUUUAUCCUUUC